AUGGGCGUGUCUCGCAGUACCGAAAUCGUUCAGUUCCAAGUUGAUGGGAAACCUGUUAGUGUUCGAAUUGCAAUGGCAGUUUUGUUCGCCAAUUUAAGAACUUCCGCGAAGUGGUUCACUUUUUGCCUGCUUAUCGCUGUGAGCCGUGGACAAUCCUCUGAAGAAAACACGGACACAAUUGUGAUCAAUGCUACGGAAGUUUUUGUCCAAAGGCUGACGGAAAUCUUCGACAUCCCUCGAGGAGUCAACAAACAUUCUUUUUAUGCAUCGGUCAUGGGAUACCCUGAUCUCCACAAUUGGAUACAUUAUGCCUACGAUGAAAGGAAAGGAGAAGGUUACAUGUACGGAAUGACACCUUUGCCAGGGCAAACGAAGCUUCAUCUGUCCUCUUUGGAAUUGGCCACUUAUAAUUGUAGGGUGAUGGAAGUCACGCUCAUAUCAGUUGCAAAGCCUGGACACGCCCGCCGGCAAGUUGAAAUCGAGCUGUACAACAUGGAUGUACAGGAUAUGUUGAUCGGAAAUCGAAUGGAAUCAUUGAAGAAUGUUCUGCGAAACAAUUUGUGGAGAUCAGCGGACGAUUUGUACUACACCCUGCUCGAGCCCGCGAAAAGGCCGAAUCGAAUGCCCAGAGAGAAAGAAGGGGUCAGAGUGAGACUCGGAAGUCGGGCACGUUUCUCAAACGACUUGAAGGUUCUUCAAAUGGAAGUUCAACCUCUGUACGAGCGAAGACCUUGUCCAAUCAAUUUCAAGAAAACUACUGCGGAACGUUUUUUCAGAGGGGAAAACUUCGGUGUGGAUUGGUGUGGUUUUCGCUUGAUCAACGCGGAGCCCGGAAAGGCGGCGAUAACGUUUUCUCCAACUACGGCGUCACAUUCGGGUGAUGUUUGGGAAACUUUCAAGGGCCAGCACGACAGCAGUAUUGCAGUGACGCCUACACCUAGCUACAUAGGACAUCCCUAUGUGCGAAGAGAGUGUGUUCCUCAAAGGGACUAUUUGUGGGACGCACUUUUCGCAGUCGUAAUUCCGUUGAUUUCCAUGGUUUCCUUGCUUAUCCUGCUGACAAUCAUCAUGAGUGCCUCGAGAAAGAACGAGGACUUGGAAAUGAAGUACAAGGAAACGCAAGGCCUGUUGAAUCCCCCGUUGAUCCGCGACAGUGUGAGCCCCGUGAAUGAAAUGGGAUCGAAUUUCCCCGAUGGUUUGGUUCGUUCUCGAAGCGAGUCUCCUGAAAGCACCCAACCGAAGAUUAUCCCAUCUCCGAGGCUAUCUGCAGAGCGUGUCAUAAUCGGACCAGACGGCAAAGCUCCUCCACCGUACCACUCCAAAGAAAUCAACGGGAAAGCAAUUCAAGGAUAUCACGUGUAA